AUGGAGAGUGCCCGGAAUAAAGAGAAAAAAAUAUCUUACGAGCAAAAUCCAUUGAGAGUUUUGGUAAAAGGACUCCCCGAAGCAUCCCUGAAGUUCCAUCCUCAGAUCCAAUAUUUCACCAUGAGCUUGGCUCGGACUUGGCCUGUAUCUGGAGUUGGCCUUAGUCGUAACACCAUUGAAGCUAGUUGGCAGGUUUAUCCACAAAUCUAUGGUGAUAAUAAUCCGAGAUUAUUUGUUUACUGGACGAACGAUGGAUACCAAAAGACAGGAUGCUACAAUCUCUGCAAAGGUUUUAUUCAGACGAACAAACAAUACACCAUAGGUGGUUCCUACAGUAAUAUACGACGGAGCUCAGACCACAAUACAGGAAAUUGGUGGCUAAAGAUCAAUGACAACGACAUAAUGAGGUACUGGCCUAGAUCAUUGUUCAAUAUUCUAGGAGAUGGAGCAACAGAUGUUCAAUGGGGAGGCGAAAUCUACGCGCAAACCAGUGCGAGACACACAAUCACGGAUAUGGGAAGUGGACGUUUCGCAGAUGAAGGGUAUAAGAAAUCGAGCUAUAUCAAGAAUCUUAUGAUCGGUAAUUGUUACAGUGUUAAGACAGGAAUUAGUGGAACAAAUUUUGGGAGUCAUUUCUUCUAUGGUGGUCCGGGUCAGAACGUUAAGUGCCCUUGA